UAACUCCAGUAGUUUCGGCCUGCAGUGUAAAAAUUUUCGUUUACAGUCCUCUCCACGUCAUGCUCAGCAACACAGUUCCCAUUCGUGGUAAAAUGCUCUGUGCAAUGCGUUUGCUUCUCGGCACCAAGCACUGGACACAGAUCAUGCCCAAGGCUGGGUGGAGCAGCAACAGCCGCGACGAUUGGGAGCCGAGUACGAGUUGCAAGUAUCGUGCAGUCAGUAAGCCAGUGUGUCGUCCUGUUGCCAUAGUUAGGCCCAAGUACUUUCAGCGGCCAAUGAACUGCAAGACGGAUGAGCAGCUGGCCGUGGAGCCUCGCAGCUCGCUGGGUUUCUACAUGCGAUGCGAUCCACCGCACAGACCUCGGGCCAAGUGUCUGCCCUCGUGCGGGGAGCGCCUGGACGCAACCAUGUACCGGCCGAGUCGUAGCCUGCACCGCGACUAUCAGCAGCACUGGGACGAGUGCGCCUACAGGAAGCCGAGACGAAAAUUCCGCAUCGUUCCAGCGGAAAUAUCGAGGCGGACUCCAAAGAAGAAGUGCGACGACCCGCCCAAGAAGGUGUGCAAAGCCCAUGUGCGCCUUGAGUGCAAAAAGCUUUCGGAUUACACAAACCGAAAGUGUCCGCGUGUGAGGAUGUGUCACUGUGCGCCUGUAGCGCUAAACACCAGCUGCCGACGUGGCCCAAAGCCAGGCAAAUGCCAGCGCCGCCUGACCCUCUAUCCCAGCUUCUCCGAGUGCUUCCACAAGCCGAAUGCAGCGAAGCCCUGUGAGUGCCGCUGCCUGGCCUCCACACUCUGCGAGAUGAUGAACUACUCCUGGAAGAAGCGAGUCUAAAUCAGCAUUUGGAGCGCUUCUA